UGAGUUGACACGAUUCUUGUUUGUGUGUGUCGGGUUCGCAUUUAUCUAUGGUGUGUUCUAACCUGUAAAAAUGUCUAGUUACUAUUUACUUUUACAUUUUCAUUCUAUUAUAAAUCAUUGUUUUUUUUUUAAUUUAGUCAGCAGUUUCUUUCUUCCAUUGUUUCUUCAAGUUUAGCUUUGAUAAACUUUGUUAUGGCAUUUGAUAGUUUCUAUACAAAUUGACUAACUACCUUAUAGAAUAGUAGUAAGAACUUUCAACCAAAAGUCAUGUUUCCGUUAAGUGUAGACAUCAACUCAUACACCUCUUGCAUCAAGAUUGCUGGAAUUCCCAUUCUUCCACCUUUGAUCGAUGACGAUAAAAGAAGAGACUUGAUGGAAUUGAAAAAGAAAGCAGUGCUGGUUGAGAAUCGUGUAAGAGAGCGACAGAAAAUCAGAGAACAAUCCACGUUAUCAAGAAAGGAUUCGGGCAUCUUCACCGACACCACCUGUUCUCCCAAAGACACCAUUCCGGGCUCCGUUUCAGAUCAGCGUUCGGACAGUGGAAACGCGAUCAGCAAAAAUCUAACACUGUCUGCUGAGAAGGAAAACUUUGUUCCACCCAAGUUGGUGCGCCAAAAAUCGUACACCCUGGACUCCCCCAGUCCACAGCUGGUGGCCUACAUGGAGAAGCAGAGAGAGAAAGAGAGAAAACCGGGCUCUCUCAAACGCACGCACACAUGGGCGGUUUCCGAUGUGGACCGCAAACCGUCGUCAACCGAUUUCAAACCGUUCUCGACAUCUUCCAUCGGUCGGCGAUCGCGUAAGAACUGGAACCUGGAGGAGGCCAGAACACGAUGGAAAGCUGAGAAGAAAAUAAAAAUCGUGAUCAACAAAACUCCGAAACCGAGAAAACUCGAGAAAACCAUGUCGCUUUCCCAUAGUUGUCCGACUAGUCCCCUAGAAAUUAAAAACGAAAACUGUUUCACCCCAGUGACUAGCACCAGUGAUCGUAGUUUUGGUACUAAUAGGUUGAACGUUCUGAAACCCAACGUGCUGCGAACCAGUACCCCGGGCAGAUUUGACAAAAUAUCAUCGUCCCUUUGCGAGGGGUAUCUACAGCCAACAAAACCACCCACAACCACACCUUCGUCCAGUGUGAAGACGCUUCACAAUAGUGACAGUAUCACCACGAUUGAUAGUGUGUGUUGCAGUAGGCUAGAAUCCAACACCAUGCCAAUCACGCCUGAGAGAGACAGCGACUGUCGACGGGACUUCGAAGUCAUCUCGACUCUCGAAUGUUUUGACCAAUCGGUUUUCGACGAUUCGUUGUCAGUCUGCAGUAGUGUUAGUCUGAAUAAGUACAUGCAAAACGACGCCGUCAAGAAAGCGCACAAUCUAUAUUCAGAUUUAAAACAAGUUCACCAACAACAGUUUGAAGAGUUGUUGAGGAGACACGAAAUUGAGAAACAAGUGUUGUUUUCGCGGCUGUCCAACAUUUUCAUGAACGCCGAUCAGUCGACGAACUCGUUUUCGUCUAAUCAGGAAUCGGCGAAUCAGAUGAGCCUCACGCUUCCGCCCAGCCGGUUGUCCGAGACCUCGUUCGAAUUGACCGACCGCACAGAGGCGCCCGUCAGAUCGAUUAGUCGACAACUGUUUCCCAGUUUGAAGUGCGCUGUUGAUUACAACGAUAAAGAGAAGAAUGCGGCCACCGUCAUUACCGCCUACGCGAAAGGCUUCCUCGUGAGACGGCUGUUCAGGACAAGACGGGUGGAACAGAUUGUUCUCUCAAUUAAGGACUCGAUCAGCUGUGCACUGAAAUUGCACGCCGAAGAGAACCUCACACAAGCCGAUAUCGAACUUCAUCGUCGGCUUAUAGUUCAGAUGACUGCCGACCAGUUUGCUUUAGUCAACAUUUUCAACCUGCCUUUGAUAAAGAAAAUGGCGAUCAUAAAAUCCGACCGCGAAAUUCGAAAGACCUCCAGACCAAACAGUGGACAAAUCUCUUCUGCUAGUCGAAAGGUUUACGCUAGAAAACAGACCCCUGUCUCGGAUGGAACGAUGCAAAAUAAAGAUAAACUAAGUAGUAAAAAAGGGUCCAACAAAAAAACUGUUCCUAGCGUCACCUCACUUUCCGAGAGAAGUUCGAGAUCUAGUACAAGAACUAGCCUGCAGCCUUGGAGAUGAAAAAAUAUGUGCCUUCCUCUAUUCUGUUAGUAUUAUAAAAAUGAAGUUUAUAGGAACCCCGGUUUUCCAUUUAAAUGUGUUAAAUUAAUAUCAGACAAUAAAUUGGUCAUCCAAUAACUAAAAAAGGAAUACCCGGAUAAUAGCCUUGGAGAUGAAAAAUAUAUGUGCCUUCCACAAUCAUGUUAGUAUUAUCAAUCAAGUUUAUAAAAUCCUGGUUUUCCAUUUAAAUGUGUUGAAUAUCAGACAAUAAAUUGGUCAUCCAAUAACUAAAAUAAUUAUGUAAAAACGGAAUACCCGAAUAAUAGACUUGGAGAUGAUAAGAUAUGUGCCCUCCACAAUAAUGUUAGUAUCAUCAUUUCAUCAAUCAAGUUUAUAAAAUCCUGGUUUUCCAUUUAAAUGUGUAAGACAAUCAAUUGAUCAUCCAAUUAUUGAAAACCCUGAUUUGAGUAUUUAGUCUAGGCACACACCAGUUAGUCAAGACAAUACAAGACAUGAUCAGACACGUUUAGUCACAAUACUUCACAUAGUUGCUUAUGAAGACAUGUCUAAUUGCAGUGACGAAUCAUUGUGAGUUGCGUUAUAAGCAACUAUUUGAUGUAUUGUGUCUGAUCAUGUCUUGUCUUGUCUUGACUAACUGGUGUGCACAAAGCCUAAUUCUGUAAAAAGGGAAUACCCAGAUAAUAGGACUAUAGUGAGUAAUUGACAUUAAUUCAAUUAAACUUGUUUAAGACGACUAAGUUACGUAAUUUGACGCCAUUGCUGUUUAUUCAAUUUCUGAUUAUUCUUUAAACGUAUAAUUAAUAAGAUGGAAUUCGCAACGACAAUGUAAUAUGAAUUCAGAUUCAUCCAAUCAACCAUAUUUAUUGUUUGUAUUCUAUCAACAAUUCAAAAUUCAACAAUAUGUGUAAAACAUUUUAAUUAUUAUCUACUGGUUAAGACCAUUUACGACAUUGUUCAUUAGAGAAAAUAAUUUACACUAUAAUUUAUCGUUUCGUCCCAGUUCAUCAUGAAAAAAUCAUGACAACUGAAAGUACUUCAUCUACUGAUUCUGAUACAGUAUAUUUUUUAUAUAUGAUCUAUGAAUAUCAGAAUCGCUCAGAAAUGCAUCUUAGAACAUUUAGUGGCAAGGUAAUGAAUCCAUCGACCAUCUCAAAUUGGUUUUUGGCUCUCAUUUGAGAACUUGAUCCACAUUUGGAUUUAUACUUUACCAUUUAUACUUGUUUCAUAGAUCGAAACUUCUUGUUUGAACCUUUACAAUUUUAGUGCCUUACUUAUUCAUACAUAUAAUUAAUAAUAAGAUGGAAUUAUUUUCAACGGCAAUUACGAGUAUAACUCACAUCUGAUAAACUAAAUUAAUUUCUUCUCUUUUGUUCAAUUGUAGGCUUCAUUGUUGAUAUUGUAAUUUAUUGUAUUUAUAAAGUAUGUAAAUGUUGUAAGUUGAUUCCAAGAAUAAAUAAUUUUAUGUAAUUUCGACAAUUAAAGUAUUUCGAUGUAAUAAGCUACUAUCAUGAAACUCAAUACCCAUUAUAUAUUAUAUUAUAUUAUAAAAAAUAAAUAGUCUAUUUUCAGCUUAA